GCAGGGAGCAGCACAAGGACUGAGCACGGUCUGUGUUCCUGCAGAGGCUGAACACCUUCAGUGGAGGCAGGUUGGAUUCAGAGUGAUGGAGCGCAGCAGGUAGGGAGGUGUGCAGGGGGAGCAGAGCCUUCAUCCAUCUGCUUCACAGCUGAGUGUUCUCCACUUUCAUUCUUGGUGCUGAUUUAACAGCCCUGCUGGGGUCUGCCUCCCAAGGCUCCAUUCCUGGCGCUGCUGAAAGGCUGCACGGGAAAUUCAGAGGGUUGAAAUCAAAUCUUCGAGCGACGUCAGCCCCAUUGGCGAACUGCUGUGAGAGCAGGCAGAAUUUAAAUGGCUGUUAAGCAGAGUUAUGGCACCCCGGCCUCAUGUAGGAAUUGUUCCUGUCCUGGCAUUGGGAAUGAGCAGAGCUCGGUUUGGGCACAAGCUGCUUUUCCUAGAGAGCUCAGGCUCCCGGCAGCCACAGGUUUAAUGAGAUCGGAGCUGAUACGUCUUUGGAAACCUGAGCUAAUUAAGCAGGAAAGCAGCUGAUAGCAUUUGUCGCCAAUGGGCUGGUGGGGAUGGACAGCCGUGGGGUGGCACAGACACAGUGCCAUGGGGCACCAGGGGGCACACAGGGGUCCCAUGUGUAGCAGAUCCCAUCCAUCCAUGAGUCCUUAGCAGCCCUGAGGGCCGUGUCUGCAUCCAGCCAAAGUGAGAAACGACGGAUGGGAAACGAUGGAUGGGAACAACAGAGCGAAGAUAUCACCCUUCCCUGAGCUUUUCCUUAUGCGUGGGCACAGAUACCGCCCUCCUACACUUAACAUGCAGAGCCACGGCUGUGCUGCACCCUUGUGCUUUGCAGAGCAGAGCCAUAAAGCACAGUUCUUAUUCUUCUCUGUGUUUUAAAUGGAAAGGAAAACUGUCUGCGGCUCCACCGCCGCUCGCACCACAUCUGCAGCCCUUUAUCUACAGCUGCCAACGUCGGGCCGAGGUGAAAUUCUGCUGAGAAACAUCUCGCUUUAAAAGGCCUUCCAUCACUUCCCAGGAAUGCAGAGGUUUACAAACGAGGACCACCUGGCGGUUCAUAAACACAAACAUGAGAUGACAUUGAAAUUCGGUCCGGCGCGCACCGACUCGGUCAUCAUGGCAGAUCAGACCCCGACGCCGACCCGGUUCCUGAAGAACUGCGAGGAGGUGGGGCUGUUCAAUGAGCUGGCCAGCUCCUUCGAGCACGAGUUCAAGAAAGCCACCGAGGAUGAGGAGAAAAAGAGCUCCGCAGCCCUGGACAUGUCGCUGCCCUCCACCCCAGACAUCAAAAUAAAGGAGGAGGAGCCGGUGGAGGUGGAUUCGUCCCCCCCAGACAGCCCUGCCUCCAACCCACGGUCACCGCAGAGCAAGGAGAAGGAGAUCACCCCCAAACCUGUGAUUAUUUCCACACCGACACCAACCAUCGUGCGCCCCGGAUCCCUUCCUCUCCACCUGGGCUACGACCCCCUGCACCCCACGCUGCCUUCCCCAACCUCCGUCAUCACCCAGGCCCCACCAUCCAACAGGCAGCUCGGGUCGCCCACUGGUUCCCUUCCACUCGUCGUGCAGCUGCCAAACGGGCAGACCAUGCCUGUCCUGCCCGGCCCCCCCAUGCAGAUGCCGUCUGUGAUAUCGCUGGCACGGCCCGUGUCCAUCGUGCCCAACAUUCCCGGCAUCCCCGGGCCUCCCAUCAGCAGCAGCGGCUCCGUUUCCCCAUCGGGUCUCCCUGUGCACUCAGAAGCCAAAAUGAGGCUGAAGGCCAGUUUGACGGCGUCUUCCUCCCUGAACGGCAGCAGCCUGGUGGUGGGCUCAGCCAGCACCAUGGUGACCGCGCGCCCGGAGCAGAGCCAGAUCCUCAUCCAACACCCCGACGCUCCAUCACCAGCUCAGCCUCAGGUUUCCCCUGCCCAACCCACUCCCAGCACCGGCGGUCGGCGGAGGAGGACGGUUGAUGAGGACCCCGAUGAGCGUCGGCAGCGGUUCCUGGAGCGGAACAGAGCUGCUGCCUCGCGCUGCAGGCAGAAACGCAAGCUGUGGGUGUCUUCAUUGGAGAAGAAAGCAGAGGAGCUCACAACCCAGAACAUCCAGCUGAGCAACGAAGUGACGCUGCUGAGGAAUGAGGUGGCUCAGCUGAAGCAGCUGCUGCUGGCUCACAAGGACUGUCCCGUCACCGCGUUGCAGAAGAAGACCCAGGGCUAUCUGGAAAGCCCCAAGGAAAGCUCCGAGCCCACGGGCUCCCCGGCGCCCGUCAUCCAGCACAGCUCCGUCACCGCGUCCCCCAACGGGCUCAACGUCCGCUCGGCAGCCGAGGCCGUGGCCACGUCGGUGCUGACUCAGAUGGCGAACCAAAGGACAGAGCUGGCCCUGCCCCUGCAGCCACACGUCAUCAUGGCCCCACAGUCCCAGUCUGCCGCCAGAUGAUGCUCGUGGCCCCCAGAACUGAGCGGAGCCGCGUGCCCCCCCUGCGGGACGGCCUGGAUUUUGGGGGUCGUUUUUCUUUGUUUUUCAAGCCAGGGAAGGGCAGCUGUGGAGCUUCUGAUCCGACAUCCCUGGAUGCGUCACCCGAAGGCCUCACUUUGAGAGCACCCGCAGAGGUUUUGCUUUCGGGUCCCAUUAAACACUAAAGGAGAAGCCCUAUUUGGGGGGGGGGGGGCUGUGAGGGUUCACUCCUAAGACUGCACUGAGCUGUGGCUGGGAUGGGUCCUGCAGGGGGAGCUCCCAGCCCCACUGCACCCCCCAGGAUCGAGACUUCACGUUGGUGGCCUUAAAUCGGUGCCUCUAUGGAGGUGGGGGGGGCUCGGGGGGGGGGGGGGGGUGCUGGUUUGCCCUGAGCUCCCCCUCUCCAUCCCCAUCACGUUCUGCUCUUCUGAUCCAGGAGCACUGAGAGCUGCAGAUGUGCUUCCAUGGCUUGUUGGUAUAUUGGAAGCAAAGGGAUCCUAUGGGACCCCCCCCCCCUAUACACACACA